AUGGUUCUCCGCCUCCUGGCCGCUGCCGUGGCAGCGGCGCUGCUCGUGCCGGCAGAGGGGCUCGCGACACAAGGAUUCCUGGGCGCGGAUCGCGGGGGCCCGCUGGAGGUCGAAGAGCUCGAGAGCCAGCAGAGGUUGCACGAGAGCGUGCGCGCCUAUCUGGACCAGGCGCUCAAGUCAGACGACGGGCUGGCCGAGGAGGAGAGGACGGUCAUGGAUGAGCUCGCCAACUCGGCGCGGAUGGAGACAGUCUCCAAGGCUAAGCAGGGGCAGGAGCUCCAGAUGGUGGAGGACAUGCUGAAAGAGUUGGACGAGCUUCAGAUGCUGGACGGCUCCGAUAACGAGACUAAGCAGGGUGCCGAGAACGAGACGAACGACCUCAAGACAGCGAGGCACGUGGCGGCUGUCGCGUUCCGCAAAGCCAUCCGCAAUCAUCUCAGGAGGCCUGCCAAGGCGAAGCGCCACCACAAGGAAGGCGAGCCCGCCGAGGACCUCAGUGCGCCCGAAGAUUUGAACGCCUGGGUGCACGAGGCGAACAGGGCGGCCCAGGAGUUGGAGAAGGAGGCGAAGAACGAGGAAAGCGAUCUUGGGGAGGCCGUGCCCAAGGGCGAGGAGGAGAAGAACCUGAGGAGGGUCGCAGAUCUCAUCGACGAGGUGGACCCCAAGAACGCGUCCGAGAUGGCCGACCUCGCGGACGCGCUGGCCCAGGUCGAAAGGAGGCCCAAGCGCAAGGCGGCGCGCCGGUCCAACCAGAUAGUGUCUGCGUCGGAUGCGGAUUCGAAGAUGGUUGAGGCCAUGAGAAGUUGGAUGGCCGAGGCCAACAAGGCUUCCCAGGACUUGGAGAAGGAGGCGAAGAACGAGGAAAGCGAUCUUGGGGAGGCCGUGCCCAAGGGCGAGGAGGAGAAGAACCUGAGGAGGGUCGCGGAUCUCAUCGACGAGGUGGACCCCAAGAACGCGUCCGAGAUGGCCGACCUCGCGGACGCGCUGGCCCAGGUCGAAAGGAGGCCCAAGCGCAAGGCGGCGCGCCGGUCCAACCAGAUAGUGUCUGCGUCGGAUGCGGAUUCGAAGAUGGUUGAGGCCAUGAGAAGUUGGAUGGCCGAGGCCAACAAGGCUUCCCAGGACUUGGAGAAGGAGGCGAAGAACGAGGAAAGCGAUCUUGGGGAGGCCGUGCCCAAGGGCGAGGAGGAGAAGAACCUGAGGAGGGUCGCGGAUCUCAUCGACGAGGUGGACCCCAAGAACGCGUCCGAGAUGGCCGACCUCGGGGAUGCGCUUGCCCAGGAUAGGACUUCCCAGCGUAAGCUCAAGACAAGGGGAGAGGGUGAUGCGAAGGUGGACGCUAUGGAUUCGAAUGAUGGCGAGGCGAAGGAGAGCGAGGAGAGGCGAGGGGAGGCUGCCGCGGCGGCACUAGAAACGCCGAUGAUAGAGCAGGGGCAUCCCAGCCGCGCCAACCUACCCGAGGAGGGCUUGGCGAAGGAGGGUGAGGGGAGGCAAGCGGAGGAGGCUAUGAAGAGCUGGGUUGCCGAAGCUGAUAAGGCAACAAACGAUAUCGACAGGGAGAUCGACGAGGCGAUCGACGAGCUCAAGGAUGAGGCCCCCAAGAGCGAUGAAGAGAAGGAUUUGGAGCGGAUGCAAAAUCUCAUCGACGCGACGGAUCCGGAUAACGCAAGCGAGGUUGCGGAUUUGGCCGCGUCCUUGGCCAGGAGCGGAUCCUUUACUCGCCGCGUCGGCAAGUUCGCGGCUCCACCUGCUUCUGGCUGGUCUCAGAAAGUCGCCAAGGAGUUCUGGAGCUGGCUGAAGAGUGCGGAGACGGAGAGCAGGAGCUUGGACCGGGACCUGGACGCCUCGACGAAGGAACUCUCUGAGUACCUGAAAGGCAUGACCAGCAAGCAGGAGUUCGCGGUGCACAAGGAGCUGGAGAUGCUGGAGGAGAUCUGGGCCAAGUACGGCUUGGAGAACGAAUCGGCCACCGCGGAGGACGUGAUGGAGAAGCUGGUCGCCGACGCCCCCGCAGCGGCCUAG